AUGGCGCUAAUAAAUGCUUAUCGAAGACGCAUAAAGCGAGUAAAUUCGCAGCCAUUAAACGAGCAUAAAACUCUGGCAGCCCGAAACGAAAUUGCGGGGCCGACAAAUCAAAGUACAAGCCUCAGAGCCCCGGCUGCCCAGGCAGACCACCCAUAACCCCAAGGGUCCCAGCCCCUCAGGAUUCUUUGGCAUGAAAUAAAACCGGGCAACAAUGAAACCCAAAGCGGCUCCCAAGCGACUUCGAUGCGGGCAUUCAUCGGUCGAAACGAGGAACCCAAGCCAUCCCAACCCCAAACCCAAAAACCGAAACCCCAGCCGGCCCUUCCUUUGCUAUCCUCGUCACCUACACCUUCAUAUCCUUCAGAGGCCACCCCCUUUCCCGACCAAACACUCGCUAUAUAA